AGGAGAGAAGUAAAAGAAAGAAAUUCAAAAAAGAGAGAGAGAGAGAGAGAGAGAGAGAGAGAGAGAGAGAGAGAGACGGAGAGACGGAGAGACGGAGAGAGACGGAGAGUUCUCUCUAUUUUAUGAAAUAAUUAAAUUAUUAAGAAAAGAAAGUCUAUACUCUUCCUCUUUGCUUCUGCUAAAAGCCCUCAGUCUGGUUAGGUGCCUUUUCAGGGUUAAAGGGGGGAACUGAAACUUAUUGAAGAAGAAACACUUUGCUGUUGGUUAUGGAAGAAUGAAUAUGCUGAUAUUGCACUGGUAUGAUAUUCAUCGCAUCUUGCAGUGGAGUGUUCUUCCAUGGUAUCUGAAGUAAAUGGAGAGCAACCAAGGAAAAGGUGCUAUGGAUCCACAGAAGAACCAUGACCAAGUUCGAUACAGCAACGUGGAAACCAGAAACGAGGCUGUUGGGUCUUCAAAUCAAAGAUUUUUCUAUGAUCCCUCGAGUAAUAUUAAUACCAAUAUCCGACCUCCAGAUUACAACAUGUCAAUAGGAGCUAGGCCUGUGCUAAAUUACUCCAUUCAGACUGGUGAGGAGUUUGCUUUAGAAUUUAUGCGGGAAAGGGUAAAUCCCAGGCAACAUUUCAUUCUGAGUGCUUAUGUUGAUCCUAACACUGGACCUGCUUAUAUGGAUCUAAAAGGCAUGUUGGGAGUUUCUCAUACAGGUUCCGAGAGUGGAUCUGAUAUCUCAAUGGUUAAUGCUGCUGAAAGAGGUCGUGCCCAGGAGUUUGAGCGGAAAGCUCCUGCUCAUGAAUCCAUGCGAUCAGUACCUCGAAGCUCUUCAAGAAAUGACAUUAGUCAGGGACAUCAAGGUCAUGCCUCUUCUGGGACUGCUUUUAGCUCAUCCAGCACAGUGAAAUUUCUCUGCAGCUUUGGGGGUAAAAUUUUGCCUCGACCUGGGGAUGGGAAACUUAGAUAUGUUGGAGGUGAAACACGUAUAAUCCGGUUAAGCAGGGAUAUUUCUUUGCAAGAGCUUGUUCAUAAAACAUUAGAAAUUUACAGCCAAGCUCAUGCAAUAAAGUAUCAGCUUCCUGGUGAAGAUCUUGAUGCUUUGGUUUCUGUAUCUUCUGAUGAGGAUCUGCAAAACAUGAUGGAGGAAUGCAGUGUACCAGAUAAUGGAGGAUCUCAAAAACCCAGAAUGUUCCUGUUUUCUAGUAGUGAUUUAGAGGAUGCUCAGUACAGUUUAUCAAAUGUGGAGGGUGAUUCUGAGUUCCAGUAUGUAGUUGCUGUGAAUGGUAUGGACCUAGGCUCUCAAAGAAACUCAGUCAAUCUGGCAAGUUCUUCAGAGAAAAAUUUGGAUGACUUAUUCAGUUUAAAUGUUGAAAGGGAGGCUGAUCGAGCUGCUGCUGAACCAGCUGAUGCUAUUUCUGUGGCUAUGUCAGUUAACAGGCCUCCACCAACUAUCCAAUCUACUCAACCAUUAUUGCCAAAUUCAUCCAAUGCUUAUGAAUCUAGUUUGCAGCCUCACAUUGAACCAAGGGUGCAGUACGGAGAAGCUGGCCAGCAACUGUCUUCUACUCCCCAGGUAGAUGGGAAGAGCAGCACUCCAGUAUCUGCUCCAUUGCAAUAUGGUUAUGGUUCUCACCCUUCUAACUACAUGACACCUGGAGAAACUCUAGUCUCCAUGCCUCUCCAUGGGCAUUUCACUCCCCAGGCAGGUUUGGUGGAUGAGAAGGUGUAUGGCGGAUUUCAAGUGCAAGAUCCUGAAGUGACUGUAAAGGAGGUGAAACUGAAAAGAGAUAGCUCAGCCCCCAAAAUAAAUGAACCUGAAAAAGUUCGAUGCGUGGACAAGCCUUCCCCAGCGAAGGAGCCAAAAAUGAAAAGAGAUAUCUCGAUGCCAAAGAUUAAUGAAACUGAUAAAAUUCGUAUGCCAGAAAAUGAGUAUGUUGUUUCUAGGGAAGAAGCAUUAGUUUCCAAUUCAGUGCCUGAUAUUAACUCUACCUUGUCUGGAAAAAGCUUCAAGAAACCCCAGGAACCUUUACAGAAUUCAGCAAUUUCAGAAGUAAAAAAUGAAGGGAGGAAGAACAAUGAAGAUGGUCAGUUUUACACAGCUAACAGAGCUUUUAUAUCUGGAGGAAGUGGUUCUCAGGCUGACCCCACUGGUUCCAGCUACCUUGAGCCAUCUAUGGUUCCUCAACCAGUUUUCCAUUCCGAGAGAAUCCCCAGGGAACAGGCUGAGAUGAAUCGCUUGUCGAAGUCGGAUGAUUCCUUUGGUUCUCAGUUUCUAAUGACUCAAGGACGUUCUGAUGGUUCUCAAUCAAUCACAGAAUCAGUUGACAAAGUCCAUGAGAGUAAUGUUGCUUCUCAAGUUGAACAAUCCAUUGCACCUGCCAAACCAAUUGCCACCAAUUCUCAGACUGUUACAGAUGGACUUCUGCAAUUUGAAAAGUGCAAUGACUUUGCUGAAAAAACCAAUAAAGUGAAUACAGUUCUUGAGGAAGGGCUUGAGUCAAAGUUGAAAUCUGAACUAAAUCAGGUACCAGUUAAUUCCAUGAGCAGCCAUGAAAAGGGAAGGGUCAAAGAGAACCAUACUGAUUCUGCUGAUAAAGAAGCAGCUGGGUUGACUCCACCAACAGCAAAUGAGGGGGCUUCAAUCAAGAACCAAGGAAAUGAACAGCCUUUGCCAUGGAGUGAGAACCCCGUUAGAGCUGUUUCCAAGGAAGAGGCUGCUGUUGCUGUUCGUACCCCAGAGCAGGGAGACAUUAUUAUUGACAUCAAUGACCGAUUCCCUCCUGAUAUUUUGUCUGAGAUAUCCUUACAAGCAAGAAUGUCGCAGAACAUCUCUAGUAUCAAUCUACAAGUUCAAAUCUGUGAUGGAGCUGGAUUGAGUGUAAAUAUGGAGAAUCAUGAACCUAAGCGUUGGUCAUACUUCCGUAAUUUGGAUCAAGAUGAGUUUGCAAGAAAGGAUGUUUCCCUUAUGGAUCAGGACCAUUUGGGUUUCUCAUCCCCACUUACAAAUAUUAAAGAUGGGGCUCCUCUUGAUUAUAGCUAUCCACCAUUGAACACUGGUGGAGUUGCCUUUGUUCAUGGUAAUUCACACAUAAAUUUUGAUGAGGACAUUAGGCAGGAAUCUACUGGUGUCACUGUAGCCAACACCAUGGAUUUAAGUCCAGAUUAUAGUCAGUCCCAGCUCAAGGGUGAUGAAAAUGCACAGUUAGAUAGGGUGACCUCUAAAGUACUGGAAUCAGAUUAUGGGGAUGGGAAGCUGGAUAUUCAGAAUACUGGUUCACCUCUUCUGGAUCUUUCAUUGGCAGAUUUUGAUAUCAGUACUUUGCAGAUAAUAAUGAAUGAAGAUCUAGAAGAACUGAGAGAAUUAGGUUCUGGUACAUUUGGGACUGUCUACCAUGGAAAAUGGAGAGGGACUGAUGUUGCCAUUAAAAGAAUAAAGAAGAGCUGUUUCACUGGUCGUUCAUCAGAGCAAGAAAGAUUGACCUUGGAGUUCUGGCGUGAAGCUGAAAUUCUUUCAAAGCUUCAUCAUCCCAAUGUGGUGGCAUUUUAUGGUGUGGUGCAGGAUGGACCUGGAGGAACACUUGCCACUGUCACAGAGUUCAUGGUGAAUGGCUCUCUUAGAAGUGUUUUGCUUAGCAAGGACAGGCACCUUGAUCGUCGUAAGCGACUCAUUAUUGCUAUGGAUGCAGCAUUUGGAAUGGAAUAUUUGCAUUCAAAGAAUAUUGUGCACUUUGAUUUGAAAUGUGACAACUUGCUUGUCAACUUGAAGGACCCUGUGCGGCCCAUUUGCAAGGUUGGUGACUUUGGAUUGUCAAAGAUAAAAAGAAAUACCUUGGUUACUGGUGGCGUGAGGGGAACUCUUCCAUGGAUGGCUCCAGAACUGUUGAAUGGUAGCAGCAGUAAGGUUUCUGAGAAGGUGGAUGUGUUUUCUUUUGGUAUUGUUUUAUGGGAGAUUCUCACUGGUGAGGAGCCUUAUGCCAACAUGCAUUAUGGCGCAAUAAUAGGAGGCAUAGUCCAUAACACAUUGAGGCCACCUGUACCAAGUUUCUGUGAUCCUGAGUGGAGAUUGCUGAUGGAGCAGUGUUGGGCCCCUGAUCCUGUUGCUCGUCCAUCAUUCACUGAGAUUACCAGGCGCUUACGUGUGAUGUCUGCUGCAUCCCAAACAAAAUCACAUGGGCAUCAGCCGCAGCACCAAGUUCCUAAGUGAUGGCACUCCACUUUUUCCCCUUAUCUUGGUGCCCUUCUCCUCAAAUACAAGGAUGGUUGUCUAUUCUUACUUAGUACUCCGUAAAGGUAAUGUGUAUUACACGGAGUAGAGAGGAGAUCACAUUUGAAGGCUGAGAUAUGACUGUGUUUCAUAAAACUGAAGAAAUUGGUUUUUGUAUAAAGCUAGUAUUUGGGCCAAUAGUGUAUAUACUCUGUUUUGGGGCUUGCAAUGACUCUGAAUGCUCAGGACACAGAUAUAAGAGCUUUCGUGAUCCAGGAAAUCUGUAGAAAGAUAUAGAGUAAUUGAGCAAAUUAUUGGCAGA